AUGGAUUUAAAAUUUAUUUUCUUCUGUUUUUUGGUCAUAUUACAAUUAAACUUUGGAAAGUCCGAAAAUGAAGGAAGUGGAAAGAUUGUUGGUGGUCAAAUUAUGGAUAUUACUAAUGUUCCAUACUUCGUUUCCCUUUUAUUUAACGACAGACACAUUUGUGGUGGAUCUAUCAUAAGUGAAUCAUGGAUUAUCUCAGCUGCUCAUUGUGGAGAAGGAAAAAAUGCUGAAAAUUUCACAAUUCGAUCUGGUUCCUCAAGAAAGUCUCGUGGCGGUAAAAUUCAUGCUGUAGAAAGUGUUUAUUCCCAUCCAAACUACAGUUCAUCAACACUUGACAAUGACUUCAUGUUGUUGAAGCUAAAAGAACCAUUAGAAUUUGAUGCAAAGCGUCAACCAAUUACACUUGGUGAAUCUUACAUGUAUUAUCAAGGUGCUCAUGUCUUAACGUCUGGUUUAGGAACUACACAAGAUGCUAUGCAAUCAAGUGAAUUUUUGAGAGGUGUCGUUGUUGAGAUUUCAAGUUCAAAGAAGUGUAAAGCUGCAUAUCCCAGUAUGAUUACCAAAAAUAUGUUUUGUGCUGCUGCUGAUAAGAAGGACUCAUGCCAAGGUGAUUCUGGUGGCCCAGUUGAAAGUGUUUACUAUGGAACUCUCCUUGGUGUUGUCAGCUUUGGUAUAGCAUGUGCUGAUGAGAAGUACCCAGGUGUCUACUCGAAAGUUUCUGAAGCAACCGAAUGGAUCGAAUCAGUUACUAAUAUUGGAGCUGAUAUGAGGAAAUAA